AUGGAGGGUGCAGCAGCCCUGACAGUCGGAGGAUGGCUAGCGCAGCCUGUCAUCAAGAUGCUUGUCGACAGUGUGUGGACAUCUUCGCUGAGAGGAAAGCUGCAUGGCCUAGAGGACGAUGACUUGCAGAAGCUACAAAGAUCUCUGCUUAACAUCCACACGAUCGUCGACAAGGCAGGGAUGAGAUGGAGCAGGGACGCAAGGUUAGUCGAGAUGAUGAAGCAACUCCAAGAUGCCGCUUACGACGCCGAAGACUUCCUCGAUGAACUGACGUUCCAUGGCAUGAAGCAAAAGAUUAAAGAAGAGGCAAGUCACAAGGUUCUUAACCAAUUUUCGAGAGCUAUUAGGAACGCCAAAACUAAAUUGUUCAGUGAUUCUGUCAAAAGACUGAACAAGAUCCAGAAAAAGUUGGAUUGUGUUUAUGCUGACAUGAAGGAAAUGUGCCAAUCAUUACAAGUGGAUGCAUCUGAUGGGAGAUAUCAAUCUGAUUUGGCGCCGGCCACCCGAGAAACAAGCUCUUUCUUGAUCAGCAAAGUGCUUGGCAGAGAGGAAGAAAAAAAGAGAAUAAUAGAGCUAUUACUAAGAUCAACAGAGGAGUCAGCAUCAGCAAGUGACGAGGGCAGUAGCUUCUCGGUCAUACCUCUUGUCGGAAUAGGAGGUGUUGGGAAGACUACUCUGGCUCAGCUUGUUUACAAAGAUGAAAAGAUUCAGAACCAUUUCACCUUCAAGAGUUGGAUUUGUGUGUCUGAUAAUUUUAAUGUGCAAAGACUCACCAAGGAGAUGAUCGAGUCGGUAACCAAGACUGAACAUUCUUCGCAAAUGACGCUAGAUGUUCUCCAAGGCAUUCUAAAAGAGAAAAUUGCAUCUAAGAUGAUUUUGUUAGUCCUUGAUGAUGUAUGGAAUGAAGACGAGGAGGAGUGGAGAAAGUUGUGUGCGCCGUUCAUGUAUGCUGCUGCAGGAAGCAAGGUCAUAGUGACAACUCGGAGCUUGAGCAUUGCCAAAAAUAUUGGUUCAGUGGAGGCGAUUGUUCUUGGCAGUUUAGAUGAAAUAUCUUAUUGGGAGCUGUUCAAGCAAUGCGCAUUUGGUUCUUCCAAACCUGAGGACCACCCAGAACUUGCGGACAUCGGAAGAAGUAUAGCUUUGAAGUUGAAGGGCUUGCCACUAGCAGCAAAAACAGUGGGAAACCUGUUAGGAUCCAACAUGAACCCACACCACUGGAGAAGUAUAAUGAAGAGCGAGAUAUGGGAAUUGCAACAGAAUAAAAAUGAUAUUAUUCCAGUCCUACUACUGAGCUAUCAAUAUCUUAGUGCACCUCUCAAGCUGUGUUUUGCCUUCUGUUCCCUCUUUCAAAAGGAUCACAGGUUUUCUGAAAUUGAGUUAACAAGAAUUUGGAUCGCUGAAGGGUUCAUUGUAGCUCAAGGAAAUCAGAGGAUGGAAGAUGUGGCAAGUAAGUACUUUCAUGAGUUGGUCAACAUGUCUUUGUUUCAACAAGAAGCAACAUUUGGGAGGCAUUAUUACGUGAUGCAUGAUCUCAUACAUGAUCUAACACAGUCGCUUUCUAUGGACGAAACAAGUAGGAUUACUGAUGGCAAGUCCAAUAAGAUAUCAACCACCCUCCGUCAUCUAGCAGUUGAAACAGAGUUCGUAGAGACAAAACAAUUGAGGUCUAUAUUUAAGAAAUUGCAUUCUCUAUUCUGCCAAUAUCUAGAGUCACCACCCCUGGACAUUAUUGAAAAAUUAAGAAGCAUUCGUGUAUUGGUUUUGUCUGAUUGUUGCUUGCUGAUGCUGCCUACGAGUAUUGGUGAAUUGGUACAUCUACGGUACCUGGACAUUUCUCACAAUUUCAUACGAAAAUUGCCUGAAUCACUGUGUGAACUCUACAAUCUGCAAACACUGAAAGCACAUAGCAAGUCACUAAUCUCUCUUCCAGAAGAUAUAAGUCAGCUAAUUAAUUUGAGGCAUAUUGAUGUUGAAAAUGAAGUAGUUGUAAAGAUAAAAAUGAUAAGAAGGCUAACCUCUCUUCAAGAAUUGUCUGAAUUCCAAGUGCGAAAGGAAGUUGGAUUCAAGAUCAUGGAGCUAAGUGGUUUGAAGCAACUUCAUGGAAAACUUAAAAUUACUAAUCUGGAGAAUGUUGAAACUAAAGAAGAGGCUGAAAAUGCUCAAAUGAAGAACAAAGAGUACCUUGAUGCUCUAGAGUUGGAAUGGGAAUCUGAUCCCAAGUUGGAGAACAAGUUAGUUGCCACGGAGGAGGUACUUGAAGGGCUCCAACCGCAUGAGUCGCUAAAACGAUUAAAGAUCAGUAGGUAUUAUGGUUUCAGAUCACCCAGCUGGUUGAAAAAGGAGGAGUUAUCCAACUUGGAAAGACUUGAGUUGAGUCACUGUGAGAGUUGGAAAGAUAUUUCCUGCACUGCAUUGCUGCCGCACCUCAAGGUCUUCCAUAUAGAGAGCAUGUGCUUCUCGAAAUCAUGUUUUGCGGUAUGUGGUUCUAGAGAGAGCAAAUUAUUUCCUAUGCUAGAAGAGCUACAGUUGACGAACAUGAAUGUAUCUGAAGAAUUUCCCAAUCUUGGACGAUUUCCUUGUCUGAGGGUCGUUCGAAUGACAAAAAUAGAGUCAUUGAAACACAUUGAUUUUGCAGCAUCUUGUGCAAUGGAAAAUUCCUUGUUUCCUAUGCUAGAAGAGUUGGAGUUGAAGCACAUGCCUGCGUUGGAAGAGUUCUCCAUUCUAGGACAUUUUCCACGUCUCAGGAUUCUUCUUAUUAUAGGAAUAUGGUCAUUGAAACGCAUUAUUUUUGCAGCAUCCGGUGUCAUAGAAAAUUCCUUGUUUCCUAUGCUAGAAGAGUUGGAGUUGAGGAACCUACAUGCAUUGGAAGAGUUCUCCGGUCUAGGACAUUUUCCACUUCUCAAGGUUCUUCGCAUGAUAGAAAUGAGGUCAUUGAAACACAUUGAUUUUGCAGCAUCCGGUGCCAUAGAAAAUUCCUUGUUUCCUAUGCUAGAAGAGUUGGAGUUAAGCAACCUGCAUGCGUUGGAAGAGUUCUCCGGUCUAGGACAUUUUCCACGUCUCAGGGUUCUUCGCAUGAUAGGAAUGAGGCUAUUGAAACACAUUGAUUUUGCAGCAGCCGGUGCCAUAGAAAAUUCCUUGUUUCCUAUGCUAGAAGAGUUGGAGUUGAGGAACCUGCAUGCGUUGAAAGAGUUCUCCGAUCUAGGAUAUUUUCCACGUCUCAGGGUUCUUCGCAUGAUAGGAAUGAGGUUAUUGAAACACAUUGUUUUUGCAGCAUCUGGUGGCAUAGAAAAUUCCUUGUUUCCAAUACUAGAAGAGUUGGAGUUAAUGCACAUGCAUGCGCUGGAAGAGUUCUCCUUUUUAGGACAUUUUCCACGUCUCAGGUUUCUACGCAUGAAAGAAAUGCGGUUGUUGAAACACAUUGAGUUUGCAUCAUCAGUUCAUGGCACAGAAAAUGAUCCGUUCCCUGUGCUAGAAGUGCUGGAACUGAUGAACUUGCCAGUUUUAGAGGCGCUCCCUGAUCUUGGUUCACUUCCAUGUCUCAAGUCUCUAUGCAUGUGUGGGAUGUCUAUGUUAAAACAUAUUGAUUUUUCUUUCUACGGUGCUACAGAAAAAGUACUACUUCCAAGGGUAGAGACGCUAGUACUGCGUGACCUGGAGGCACUCGAGGAGCUUCCUAAUAAUCUUGGACGACUUCCAUGUCUUAAGGUUCUUAACAUUCUGAAGAUAUCAGCAGUGAAACAGAUAGAUCAUGGGUUCUUUAGCACUGAAGCUAUAUCCAAGUGUUUUCUUAGCUUGGAAAGACUCUGGAUCGGCGGCAUGUCGGCAUGUGAAAGGUGGUGUUGGAUUGACGGCAGCGAGCUAUUUCCAAGCUUACAAAGACUUUUUAUCACUGAAUGCACUAAGCUCGAGAGGUUGCCUCCUCUCCCUCCUUCCCUUACACAUUUAACACUAGAAAAAGUUGGGUUAACAGAGCUGCCAAGCCUACGGGAACUAGAAACAAAUGAAAGCGGAUACAAUCAAACGACAUCAUCUCUCUCAUACUUACGAAUCAGUGAAUGCAACAAUUUGGCAAGCUUAGAAGAAGGGUUGCUGUCACAGAAUCUUUCAGAUAUUGAAGCCAUUCAUGUAGAAGGAUGUAAUGAACUCAUGCGGAUGCCUCUCAAGAGAUUUGAAAACUUCACUUCGCUCAAGGAAUUGCAGAUAAAAGCUUGUCCCAAGCUUAGCCUGACACAAGAAGAGGAAGCCGCCCUCCUUCCUCCCUCAUUCAAAGUUUUCAUAUUGAACGACUGUGGCGAUCUCAACAAAUUGUGGCUUGGCCACCCCUACCGCUGGACCUUCUGA